AUGAUUUGUCGUCAAUAUCUAAUAUGCUUUAUUAUUUUGCUGUUGAUCAAUGCAAUUUUUACAGAUAUUUAUUUACAUAAUCCAAGAGGAAGUAAUGAUCGGCACAAUGAAAAGACUCCACAACGUACCAAUGACAAAUUGAGUUUUGAUUCAGAAAAUAAUCCUCGCGGUGGAUAUAAUGUUGGCGAUAAUGGAACAAUGUAUUAUUAUACGAAUUCAAUACUGGCAAUUCAAUGGACUAAUCAACAUUCAUGUAACGAUGUUAAUGCUGAUUGUACAAUUAUACUUCAGUAUACAUGCGGUGAUCAACUUCGCGAUGGAAUGUCAACCACAACAAUACCUGUAACAGUUGAUGGAGAAAACAAUGCAACAUAUAGAUUAACAGAAGAUUUAACAUCAUAUUUAAAUUGUCGUGUACGAAGUCGAAAUAAGAAUUUAUUUACUGCUAAUAAAGGUCCCCAAGGUGAUUCAUCAAUUUAUACACGACAAAAUACUGCUGGUACACAGUAUGGCUACGAAUGUCCAGAAGAGCGUGAUUAUUAUCCAUAUUGGCAGCCAACUGAUUGGAUUGAUAUUGCUAUUUUAACAAAUCGACAAGAUCUAUGUUCUUACUAUCGUCAAAAUAGUCAAAAUGUUCAAUCACGUUUUGCUUGUUCAUUUACUAUAAAAGCUAAUUUAAUUCAAGCAAAUAAACUUGGAAUUAUUUUACCGAAUAAUAAAGAAGCAUGCGAAGCUUACAAUGGUUCACUUGUAAAUGGUGAGAAACCUAGUUGGGUUGAAUUUCCAAGUAAUAACCAAGCUCCACCUGAUUGUUACUCACCACCAUAUACAACAGAAAAUCAUCUUGGUGAUAUUCAAGGUUCUGACAUGGCAGUGUAUAAUUGGACAUUACCAAGUACAAGUGCAGCAAAAUGUGUUUUACGUGUUCGAUAUAAUAUAUCAACUAGUGACUAUGACGGAUGGAAUGUAAGUUCAAAAAAUAACAGUGGCAAUCUUUAUAUCAUGAAAGAAUUUUUUCCAAACGCAUCAGUUGCUGAACAACGUGGAUAUCGUUAUAAGGCCAAUCCUGAAAUUCAAUUAUUUGAUAGUUUAAAUUUAACAUUUCAGCUUGCCAUCAAUACAGCGCAAUAUGGACGAGUUUUUCAAGACAGAUCGUAUGUAUUUGAAAUACGACAACGUCCAGCUGCAUAUCAGGAUACACCUAUUUAUAAUCUAAAUGUACGAGGUAGACGUGGAAAUAUUGUUCAAGUAUAUCCAGCUAUUGAAUAUGAUUUUGUACCAAAUCGAUUAGAAAUUCCACCGAAUUCAUAUGUUCAUAUUCAAUGGAUUGGUUCAAACACAAGUCCGGCAGGCAGUGGACAAGGACAGGAAAAUACUGACCGAAGUAAUUUAUUACUUUUAAUUCAAAAAGUACUGAAUCCGAAUUGGAAUCCCUUUCAAUAUUUGAAUUCAACUGGUUUAUUCAGUGCUAAUAUGCCAAGUUUAUUAAAUACCACAAACUUUCUUAAUUUACCAGUGAGCGAUCUUCGAUUAUUGGCUGCUUCGGGACAAAAUACGGAUACAUUACUAAACAAUGCUUCAGCAUAUUUCGAUCUUGGGCCACGCUUAAUAUCUGCUGCUUCAGCUGGUGUUUAUCAGUACGUAUCAACGCGUAAUAAUGAUUUUUCGAAUCGAGAUCAAAAAGGAAGAGUUAUUGUUCAACCGUUUCAAUUCAAAUAUCAACUUGUUGGACUAGAUAGUCAGACCAUUAAAUUAGGAAAUGCUACUUUGAUAUUUUCCGAGAACAAUGUCAAAUCCACAGUUACGAUCAAAUUUUCAAAAUUUAAUUGUGAUCAACUUUCCAAAAUUCUUCCUGAAAAUGGGCAAAAUAUAGUUACAAAAGAAACACUUUUUGAUAGUGUAUACGUUAUUGAACCAUAUGAUCUUCAAUUUCCCUCGAAUAUUGAAGUCGAUAUUCCUUUUACAGAAUUUAACAAUGACGAAGGCAAUGUCGACGUUCUUCAAUUUGAACCUCAAUAUGGUGUCUAUUUAAAAUUACCUAGAACACUCGAUUCAAAUACUCGUAUGCUUAAAUUUCAAUCAAAUACAGGUGGUAUUUUUGUAUUUGUUAAAAAGCCGCCAAGCCCAAUAUGGAUCGCUGGUAUUAUUAUACCGGUUGUAUUAAUAUUUAUUAUUAUUAUCUCAACAAUAGUUUAUUUCAAAUUAAGUCCAACUAGGUAUUCAGCCAUUAAAGAUGAAUUAUCAAAAACAAAACGCUCAUUUUUUUCACGCAUUUAA